AUGAUUCCCAUCAUCCCACAUGAAGACCAACACGAGCAAUUCACCAAAUGGGCCAGGCAGUACGGUCCCAUCUACUCCCUCAUCAUGGGCACCAAGACUCUGAUUGUGCUCAACAACGAUCAGACGGUGAAAGAUCUGCUGGACAAGCGCAGUGCCAUCUACAGUGAUCGCAUGGAGAUGUAUACUACCGGUCAGGUUGCUAGCGGCGGACUGAGAAUGCUCGCGAUGCACUACGGCCCUACUUGGCGAAAGAUGCGGAAGAUGAAUCACGCUCUUCUCAACGUCAACGCAGCGAAGUCUUACGUACCAUACCAAGACCUUGAGAACAAGCAAAUGCUCGUCGACCUUUUGGAAACCCCCGACGCUCUACUGCAACACGUGCGUCGGUACUCUGCAUCUUUGACAGCUAGCAUUGUAUUCGGCUGGCGUGCGCCCUCCUACGGUGAUGCCAGAGUCAACCAAUUUUACGAGGCCUUCGACAAAUUCGUAGCCCUCGCCCAGACCGCCGGUGCGGCCCUGUCCGACUUUUACCCCAUCAUACGCAAACUCCCUACCUUCCUCCAGCCGCGUCAAAGCGAAGCUCGGCGACACCACGUCGAAGAGAAGGCGCUCUACCUGGCAAAUUGGCUGGACGCAAAGCGGGCCGUCGCCGCUGGCACUGCCAACCCAUGCUUCUGCGUCGACAUGGCGCGCCGACAGGCUCGGCCCCCAGCGGACGAUGGCGGCUUCUCUGACGACCUGGCGGCCUACAUCGCGGGCACGCUGUUCGAAGCCGGCUCUGAUACGACUUCUUCCACCCUGUACGGCUUCGUGCAAGGCGUUUUGCUCUAUCCUGACGCGCAACGCAAGGUGCAAGCCGAGCUCGACGCUGUCAUUGGACCGGACAGGAUGCCCGACUUGGACGACGUGCCGCAGCUGCCGUACGUGACAGCGUGUGUCAAGGAGACCAUGCGCUGGAUGCCGACCGCCGCGCUUGGCGCUGCACCUCACGCCGUGAUGCAGGAUGACGAGUACCUAGGCUUCCACAUCCCCAAGGGUGCCGGUGUGAUGAUGAAUAUUUGGGCGAUCCAUCGGGACGAGAAGCGGUACCCGCGGCCUGAAGAAUUCUGGCCGGAUAGGUAUGAAGGCGACGUUGUGGGUAUUGCGGAUAGCGCGAGUCUGUCCGAUGUCAGUAAGAGGGAUCAAUUUGGAUUUGGAGCUGGCAGGAGGAUCUGUCAGGGCAUGCAUGUUGCUGAACGAAGUCUCUUUCUGGGUAUCGCCAGGUUAAUGUGGGGGUUCAACGUCACUCCAGUCACUGAUGAAGCUACGGGUAAGCCCAAACUUCCUAAGCAAGACAGGCUUGUCGGUGGUCUCGUCGUGUUGCCAGAGAAGUAUGAAGCAUGCAUCAAGCCGCGCUCAGAACGUCAUGCGGAAAUUAUGAGAGCGGCUUGGGCCGAGUCAAAGAAAGUGUUGGACGAAAAGACAGGGCAAUGGAGCAGGAUCCCGGAGGGCAUGGCUUUACCGAAGCUAUAA